UUUCAAACACAAUAUUUUAGCAAGAUCACAGAAAUGGUUAAAACACCAGAAACCUCAAAUAUUUGCAAGAAUUAUGAAAGGAUUAACAAGACAAGGAAGGCUCUCUAUGAUGCCAUCCUUCUAGAUUCCUGUCUCCUCAAGGAUCAGGAGAUCACCCAAGAAACUGCUGACUUUGCUGAAAAAGAUGCCUUCUCCGAUCGUUUUAAUUCGUUGAUUCUUAACCAAAAUCUCACGAUCAAUGUUGGAACAAGGACAGGAAAACCAGCCACUAAAGAAGACUUAGAGAGCAUUGACUCUGAUCAAAGGUUCAAGACCAGAGUAAAUGCAUUCAGUUUCCUGUCUAAGUAUUGGUUGCCAGUCUUAAGGUCUGAGAAGCUGCCAGAAAUUGCUAAAAGAUCAAUUUCUCCACUAAGAAUCAUCUUUGAUUUCCAAGAAGAGGAAAUAUUCGAUAUUCCACCAGAAAGAAAAGCUGGAAAUAUUAUGACUGGAACUUGUUCAGUAUCUCAAAGCUCUCACAAAAGAAUCAGAGUAAAGAGAAGAACUAAGAGAGCCUGCCGUAAGAUCAGUGAUAAGAAUAACAAGACUAAGAUCAUUAAGGGAUUAUCAUCAAUUCUCAGUGAAUUAGAGUCCCAAGAUGAGACAAAAAUCUCAGAUUAUUGCGAUAUGACAUCUCUAAGUGCUACAAAGUCAUAUAAAGCUAGUUCCAAGGGGAGAAAGUCAAGAGUUAGGACUAAGGGUUCUAAUAGCACAAAGUCUAUCUCCAGCAAUAUCGCUUACCACAAGCGCAUUGCUAGAAAGAAUAAAACUAAAAAGAGCAGACCUCUCAGUAUCAGCUAUGGCCAAAUAUGCUUAAGCACUAUCGUCAAGAACUUAGAUGAAAUUUCAUCUGAAUUAUAAACACAUAGAUCACCAUCUAUGAGUACAUUAUGAUAAUGACCAAGCACUCUUAGUUGGAGAAGGCUGAGCCUUCUUCUCCAGCCGGAUGCAGAGGCGUUUCAUAACUCACAAUGCUAAUAAUAUGCAUUUUUAUAACUCCUAAUUUCUUUAAUAACAUUAAA